AUUGUAGGGAGACACUCCAUCACAGUCACUACUCUCACCUCAGCUGGGAACACUGGGGAGGAUGGAAUCCUGAGCUGCACUUUUGAACCUGACAUCAAACUUUCUGAUAUCGUGAUACAGUGGCUGAAGGAAGGUGUUAUGGGCUUGGUCCAUGAGUUCAAAGAAGGCAAAGAUGACCUGUUGGACCAGGAUGAAAUGUUCAGAGGUCAGACAGCAGUGUUGGCUGAUCAAGUAAUAGUUGACAAUGCCUCUCUGAGGCUGAAAAAUGUGCAACUCACAGAUGCUGGCACCUAUAAAUGUUACAUCAUCACUUCUAAAGGCAAGGGGAAUGCUAACCUCGAGUAUAAAACUGGAGCCUUCAGCAUCCCAGAAGUGAAUGUAGACUGUAACGCCACUUCAGAGUGCUUACGAUGUGAGGCUCGAUGGUUUCCCCAGCCAACAGUGGUCUGGGCAUCCCAAGUUGACCAGGGAGCCAACUUCUUAGAAGUCUCCUACACCAGCUUUGAGCUGAACUCUGAGAAUGUGACCAUGAAGGUUGUAUCUGUACUCUACAAUGUCACGAUCAACAACACAUACUCCUGUAUGAUUGAAAACAACAUUGCCAAAGCCACAGGGGAUAUCAAAGUGACAGACUCUGAGAUUAAAAGGUGAAGUCACCUCCAGCUGCUGAACUCAAAGGCUUCCCUGUGUGUCUCUUCUGUUGCCAUCAGCUGGGUACUCCUGCCUCUCUGCCCUUACCUGAUGCUAAAAUAAUGCACCUUGGCUACACAGAAACAUGCAGAGUCACUGGUAUGACAGGUGAGGUGAAUCACGAAUGGUGUGGGGAAGCCACUGUGUGUGUUUGUGUUCCUAACAGGAAUCAAGCAGCUCCCAGCACCAGCCUCAGAGAGAAACAUUUAAUAACGUCAGGGCAGUAGGCACUAUUUCCACUGCUAUUGUGAAAGGUAAGCAUUUGUUAACAAAGAGUAGAGACCUCAUUGACAGACUUACAGGAAAAACAACUCUAUGCAAUUCAAAUAUUUGUGUAAAUUCAUAUUUCCACUGCCAGUGUGAAAGGUAAGCAUUUGUUAACAAAGAGUAGAGACCUCAUUGACAGACUUACAGAAAAAACAACUCUAUGCAAUUCAAAUAUUUGUGUAAAUUCAAACACCUUUUCAUUUAUUGAAUCAUACUUGAAGACAAGCAUAUCUUACUGAAGAGAAAGAGAUACUUGGCCCUGACUCAUUACUCUGGAUUUCACAAUGAAACAUCAUGACAUGCGCAUAAUCGCUCACGUAAGUGGCCUCCUCCCAGCCCCCCUCAACAAAGCCCCUGUUGACUGGAGACUUGACAAAGCACUCAGCAACUAGCCCUCUUGCUAAGACUUCCCACUCUCACUUCAGUCCUCUGGCUCUAAUUACGAGUAGGACAUCUCUUUCUGAAUAUUCUUCUGCAUGUGGAAUUUGUACACAACUGAGCUUGUGAAGUUAUAGUCAACACUACCACAUUACUCAGUGGCACUGCCACCAUGCACCGGGCUCACAACCUUAGAGCUACUUUUGUCCCCCUCUGUCCUUCAGGUCAAUUUGUUACCAAGCUCUACAGUAUUUGCCCAUGUUAUCUUUCAGAUUGACCCUAAUCAUCUCAUGCUCCAACUAGUUCUAAAACCUUGUACUUGCUCCUUCCUCUGUUUCAGGUGAUAGGAAACAAGGUGCCAGAAUAAAAUUUUUCAAAUGCGAUUUUCAUCACAGCAGUCUUUUACUCUGCAACCUAAAGUGACUCUCUGGGCACUAUUAUAUCAAAGUUAAAGUCCUCAGCUAUGCAGUCACAGCUCUCUAAGUUUCUCUCCCUAAGGUUCCUCCUCCUCUCAGCUACCUACUACUGCUCUCUGGCCUUGCUCCCUCUCUCUCUGCCCCUUCCUGGAAAUCUCCUCUACUCUAUGCUAAUUCAGAUCCAUACUUCCUUCACCCAUUUCCUGCUGGUCCUUUCAUCUCACAUCCCCUUGAUGAGCAUGUAUAAUUUAUAAUAUCUUACACUCUCUAAGGCACAUAUAUUCCUUGCCUAGAUUGUUAAGUCCUCAAGGGCAGACAAAAAUCUGUUGAUCUGGUUUGCUUUUUUGAGUGUGGUAAAAAAAAAUUUUACAUUUAUUUUAAAAAAUAGUGAUUGAGAUGACCUAGAGGGGUGAGAUAGGGAGGAUGGGAGGGAGGCUCAAGAGGGAGGGGGAUAUGGGGACAUGUGUAUGUAUAUGGCUGAUUCGUUUUGUUGUGCAACAGAAACUAACAUGGUAUUGUGAAGCAAUUAUACUCCAAUAAAGAUGUAUUUUAAAAAGUGGUUGAAAUACAAAUAUAAAGUUGUAUACUUAGAUAUAAGGUAGUACAUGGAUAUUAUAAAAAUUGCAAAGGUGGUAUGCAAACACCGAAAUCAGAGGAAACCCUUUCUUAUGGGGCUGUUGUGGGAUCAGGUCAGAUCAUGUUUCCCGAGGUAAGCUUGUGUCGCUAUGAACUUCCCUCUUAGAACUGCUUUUGCGGUGUCCCGUAGAUUUUUGGAUUGUGUUUUCAUUUUCAUUUGUCUCUAGGUAUUUUUUUUUUAAUUUCCUCUGAUUUCUUCAUUGACCCAUUGGUUGUUAGUAGCAUAUUGUUUAGCCUCCACAUGUUUCGGUGUGGUUUUUUUUUUGCAGUCUUUUUUCUUGUAGUUGACUUCUUUUGUUUCAUAGCACUGUGAUUGGAAAAGAUGCUGUAUAUGAUUUCAAUUUCUAAAAAUUUACCAAGGCUUGUUUUGUUGCCUAGAACGUGAUCUAUCCUGGAGAAUGUUCUAUGUGCAAUUGAAAAGAAUGUGUAUUCUGCUUUUGAAUGAAAUGUGAUACAUAUAUAUAAAUAUAUAUAUGGAUAGAUAGGUAUAGAUAGAUAUAGAUAUAGACAUUAAGUCCAUCUUGUCUAAUGUGUCAUUCAAGGCCAGUGUUUCCCUACUGAUUUUUUGUCUGGAUGACCUGUCCAUUGAUGUAAGUGAGGUGUUAAAGUCCCCUACUAUGAUUGUGUUACUGUUGAUUUCUCCCUUUACGUCCAUUAACAUUUCCUUUAUGUAUUUAGGUGCUCCUAUGGUGGUUGCAUAUAUAUUCACAAUUGUUAUAUCUUCAUCUUGGAUUGAUCCCUUGAUCAUUAUGCGGUGUCCCUCUUUGUCUCUUAUAGCAGUCUUUAUUUUAAAGCUUAUUUUGUCUGAUGUAAGUUUUGCCACCCCAGCUUUCUUUUGAUUUCAAUUUGCAUGGAAUAACUUUUUCCAUCCCCUCACUUUCAGUCUGUGUGUCUUUAGAUCUGAAGUGAGUCUCUUGUAGGCAGCAUGUAUACAGGUCUUGUUCUUUUAUCCAUUCAGCCACUCUAUGUCUAUUGACUGGAGCAUUUAGUCCAUUUAAAUUUAAUUAUUGAUAUGUAUGUGUUCUUGUUGCCAUUUUGUUAAUUGUUUGGGGUUUGUUUCUGUCUUUCUUGUUCCUUUCUUCUUUUGUUCUCUUCUCUUGUAAUUUGAUGACCAUCUUUAGUGUUAUGCUUGGAUUCCUUUUACUUUUUUGUGUAUCUAGCAUAGGUUUUUGAUUUGUGGUUACCAUGAGGUUUCUAUAUAGCAAUCUAUAUAUAUAUAUAUACAUAAUUGUAUUAAGUUGCUGAUCUCUUAAUUUCAAAUGCAUUUUAACAACCCUGCAUUUGUACUCUCCUUCCCUCAUGAUCACUGUUUUUGAUAUCAUAUUUUACAUCUAUUUGUUUUGUGUAUCCCUUAACUGCUUACUGAGGAUAUAGAUGAUUUUUACUACUUUUGUCUUUUAGCCUUCUUACUAGCUUUGUGCAUGAUAUGAUUUCCUACAUUUAUGUUUGCCUUUACCUAUGAGCUUUUUCCUUUCAUAAUUUUCAUGUUUCCAGUUUUUGCCUUUUCUUUUUAACUUAAAGAAGUUCCUUUAACAUUUCUUGUAAAGCUGGUUUGGUGGUGCUGAACUCUUAACUUUUGCUUGCCUGUAAAGCUUUUGAUCUCUCCAUCAAAUCUGAACAAGAGUCUUGCUGGCUAGAGUAUUCUUGGUUGUAUGUUUUUCCCUUUCAUCAAUUUAAAUAUAUUGUGCCACUCCCUUCCGAACUGCAGAGUUUCUGCUGAAAAGUCAGCUGAUAGCCUUAUAUGAGUUCCCUUGUAUGUUAUUUGUUGCUUUUCCCUUGCUGCCUUUAAUAUUCUCUCUUUAUCUUUAGUUUUUGCCAUUUUAAUUACAAUGUGUCUUGGUGUAUUCCUCUUUGGGUUAAUCCUGGAUGGGACUCUCUGCACUUUCUGGACUUGGAUGUCUAUUUCCUUUCCCAGGGUAGUGAAGUUUUCAGCUAUUAUGUCUUCAGAUAUGUUUUCAGUUCCUUUCUCUCUCUCUUCGCCUUCUUAUACCCCUUAAUGUGAACAUUAGUAUACUUGAUGUUGUCCUAGAUGCCUCAAACUGUCCUCUUUUCAUUCCUUUUUUUCUGUUCAGCAUCAGUGAUUUCCACUACUGUCUUCCAGUUCACUGAUCCACCAUUUAGUCUACUGUUGAUUCCUUCUAGUAUAUUUUUCAUUUUAGUUAUUGUAUUCUUCAUCUCUGUUUGGUUGUUCUAUCAAUAUAUAUUUUCUAACUCUUUGUUAAAAACUUUUAACUUCUCACUCUUUGGAUCCAUUCUUCUCCCUAGUUCUUUGAUCAUCUUUACAAUCACUACCCUGAACUCCUUCUCAGGUAGACUGCCUAUCUCCACUUAGUUGUUCUUCUGGGGUUUUAUCUUGUUCCUUCAUCUGGAACAUGUUCCUCUGUCACCUCAUUUUGCUACGUUGCUGUUUGUAUUUUUAUGUAUCUGGUAGGUUGGUUACAUUUUAUGACCUUGGAGAAGUUAUAUUUUGUGGGAGACCUCCUAUACGUCCCAACAGCACACUCCUCUCUCAUCACUCAAGCUGUAUGCCCUAGAGUUCUUCAUAUGAGGAUUGCAUGGGUCCUCCUGUUGUCACAGGCUGACUAUGUGGGAAGUCUAGUAAGCUUGGUUAGCCCUUGGUCCAACGUUGCCAGGCCCUGUCUCAUGUGGAGGCUGCUGGCUGUAGAGGCAGCUGACUGCGGAACCCCACGGGGACCCAGGGAUAGUGCUGGGUCAUGGGUGAAUGGAGUCAGGGUCCAGAAAACUCUGGUAAUAUUGUCCACCGACUGAUGGGUGAAGCAAGGGUGUUAGUGCUGGUCUACUGGCGGGCAAAGCCAUGUCUUGGAGUCCAGCUGCAGGGCCCAGGGGUCCCAGGACUGGUCUUGGAUUGCUGGGGGCAAGGGG